AUGCGCUUACGGUUGGGCCUUCUUCGAGACAAUGCAGCCAUUGAAAGACAGGCUGCCAAAGAAGCAGCUGAGGCGGAGGCGAAGAAACACCAGUCGACGGUUCCCACAGUGAAAACAGAAGCCGAAACGAAGGCAGAAGAGGCUGCCGCGGCAAAAGCAAAGGAGAAGGCCAUUGAAGCUGCAAAACAGAGACCUCUACCACGGAUUCGGCCAUUAUCUGAAGCCAAAGCGAUUGACACGGGUGCCAACUUUAUCAGCGAGGCUUUCUUGUUCCUGGUGGCCGGUGGUCUGAUCGUUUUCGAGUCGUGGAGAUCCAGGAGAAAGGAGACAACUCAUCGGGAGGACGUUCAGGAUAGGCUGAAUGAAUUGGAACAGUCGGAGAAGGCUGCCAGGAAAGCCUUGGCUGCAUUAGAGAAGGAGCUGCUGGAGCUCAAGGCUCAAUAUGGGAAGCAUUCGGUCAAAGAGAUGAAACGCGUGCUUCCCCGUGAAGUAUGGGAAGAAGAACAAGAAGAGGAGGAAGAGAAAGCCAAAGAGCAGGGUUUGGUGUCACGGAUCCGGGCCCUUUUCUCUUCAGAGAAGGCUGAUCAGGCCCCUCAGCCCGGAAAUGGAGCCGUCGGUGAACCUCAGGGCGUGCAGGAGCCGAAGUCUUCGUCAUGUGAGCUAAGGUUCAUGAUCAAUGAGACUCUCCAAUCGUACCUUGAAACGCAUGACUUUGUUUUUCGCCCUCUGGGCAGCCAGCAGAAGGGCUCACAGGAGCUUCGCGUUAUUCUCGUCACGCCUUCUUCACUCGAGGACAUCAAUCGACAAAACAUACUUGCUCGAGUCGAAAGAUUCUCUCUGCUAGGAAAGAGCUUUGGUAACUCCAACCUUGCCAUUGUUUUCCUUCAAUCCGAAGAAGCGUUGAACAGUGCCAGUGGGAGAUGCAAAUUGGGCGGUUUGAUGUCUUUGCAAGUACUUCUCUUCGAGUCACUUUCCAUUCCAGCCGUCCCCAUCAUCCCGGUUUCAGAGCCCUCCACUCUCUUUGCAUCCAUUCGCGAAUACUUGGAGGUUCUUGCGCGUGCACCGAGCCAGCUCAGCUCUUUUCCCACAUCUUCAUCGGCAUUGUCUCUCCUCGGCCAUGUAACUGCGAACAGUCCCUCCCAAUCACUCUCGCAGCAUGAUAUUAACGUCCUGAGUGAUUUGUUCCCGUCAUUGAGCGCCUUGAGCAGCGCCGUCAGGACGCCGGAAGGUCGUCAGCUCUUGACGGACUACCUUGGGGAAGGGACUGCGAGCAAUAUCGUCGAGUUCUGGGAACGAGAGUGGAUUUGUGGUUAG